AUGGCUGCUUUGUUCAGUCUUCAUGUAAGUAGUCGCAACGAGUAUCUCCAGCUGCUUCUGAGAAGUCUGCUCGCAGUUCCAAUUACUUUACAUAAUAUAAUACUCGCUGGUUACAUCAACCCAGAGAUUAUAUAUACAACACUCAUCACGUGACGGCACGUGAAGGGUCAGGGAAAGCAGACGGGAAUCAUGUCGUACAACAAAGUUAUAAGUCCUAAUCAGGCGAAUAAAGAACAUGUUUUGGCAGUUUCAAGAGAUUUUAUAUCCCAGCCUCGCCUCACUUAUAAAACUGUAUCUGGUGUCAAUGGACCACUGGUUAUACUUGACGAAGUGAAGUUUCCGAAGUUUGCUGAAAUAGUGCAGUUGAAACUAGCAGAUGGGACCAUCAGGUCAGGGCAGGUUUUGGAAGUCAGUGGAUCCAAAGCUGUUGUGCAGGUCUUUGAAGGCACAUCGGGUAUAGAUGCCAAAAAUACACUAUGUGAAUUCACAGGAGAUAUUCUGCGCACACCAGUAUCGGAAGAUAUGUUGGGAAGAGUAUUCAAUGGGAGUGGGAAACCCAUUGAUAAAGGACCACCUAUUCUGGCUGAGGAUUACCUUGAUAUUCAGGGUCAGCCUAUUAAUCCAUGGUCCCGUAUAUACCCUGAAGAAAUGAUCCAGACAGGAAUAUCUGCCAUUGAUGUGAUGAAUUCCAUUGCCCGUGGGCAAAAGAUCCCAAUCUUCUCUGCUGCUGGCUUGCCACACAAUGAAAUUGCUGCUCAGAUCUGUCGUCAAGCUGGGCUUGUUAAGCUCCCAGGGAAGUCAGUCCUGGACGAUCAUGAGGACAACUUUGCUAUUGUAUUUGCAGCUAUGGGUGUUAACAUGGAGACAGCUCGUUUCUUCAAACAAGACUUCGAGGAAAAUGGUUCUAUGGAAAAUGUGUGUCUGUUCUUGAACUUGGCCAAUGAUCCAACAAUUGAACGUAUCAUCACACCCCGGCUUGCAUUGACAGCUGCUGAAUUUCUAGCAUAUCAGUGUGAGAAACACGUAUUGGUUAUUCUCACUGAUAUGAGUUCAUAUGCUGAGGCUUUGCGAGAGGUUUCAGCUGCUAGGGAGGAAGUACCGGGGCGAAGAGGUUUCCCUGGUUACAUGUACACUGAUCUUGCCACCAUAUACGAAAGAGCUGGGAGAGUGGAAGGUCGAAGUGGUUCCAUUACACAGAUACCCAUUCUAACUAUGCCUAAUGAUGAUAUUACACAUCCUAUCCCAGAUCUGACAGGAUACAUCACAGAAGGGCAAAUAUAUGUAGAUCGUCAGUUGCACAACAGACAAAUAUAUCCUCCAGUCAAUGUGUUGCCAUCACUCAGUCGUCUCAUGAAGUCGGCUAUUGGCGAAAACAUGACUCGCAAGGACCAUGCUGAUGUAUCGAACCAACUGUAUGCCUGUUAUGCAAUUGGGAAAGAUGUGCAAGCGAUGAAGGCUGUUGUUGGUGAGGAAGCUCUUACCCCUGAUGACCUUCUGUACCUUGAAUUCCUCACAAAAUUUGAGAAAAAUUUCAUAUCUCAAGGUAACUAUGAAAAUCGUACUGUAUUUGAGUCAUUGGAUAUUGGUUGGCAACUGCUACGAAUUUUCCCGAAGGAGAUGUUGAAGAGGAUCCCAGCAGCAAUACUUGCGGAAUUCUAUCCACGUGAUUCACGACACCCACAAACUAAAUAGAUAUAAGGUGUGGAAUUCAUCUUGUCAUCACUGUUUUAAAAUAUCUUAGGGUGGUUGUGUAGAGGGAGUAGGGAACAUUGAACUUUGCUGUAAGACGGAACUUUGGUCCACUAAUUUCAUUUGUAAGUGGCCAGGAGUAAAGAUCAUUCUGUACAAUGAGAUGUCAAGAAUAGAAAUGCCAGUUACAUUUUUCCUUAAAAAUGUAGUAAGUCUCAGCAUUGUUGUGUGCAUUUGGAAAAAUGUGAUAUUUUAUUGCAUUGUUGUUUAUAGCUAUUAAUUACUCGUGCUGAAAAAUUGACAAUACUAUACUCCUUCAGAUCCUUGGGAUGUUAGUACCUGCCAUCAUAGUUUGAUGGAUGAGUUUCCAUUGCCUUGUUUGAUCUCCAUCAUAAAUCUUCAUGUUAAGCAUUCCAUUGCAUUUACAUGUGGCUUACUGAACAAAUGUAUAUAAAUGUUAAUAUGUAAUAAACAUCAGUAUUUAUAUGUUGUAAAAAUGGUAAAAGAUACUGAGUUUUUUUAGAGUGAUUGUAUUUAUAUGCCCAAAAUCUACAGACAAGGGAACAUUGUACAAUGAAAGAAAUGAUUAUACCUACACAGUAUUUUUUUUGUGUUCACUGUGGGUGGAUGGUUUGCCCUGUUCAGAAUUUGAUUAAUAAAAAUAUUUUAUUUGUACAUAUUGUGAUGUCAAUAAAUAAGAUAAACAUGA